AUGGCGUUCCUUAAUGGGGAUCUUGAAGAAAAGGCAUACAUGUGUCAACUUGAGGGUUUUGUCAAUAAUGACAACAACCAACUUGCUUCUCAAGAGCUUAGCUUUUUUGCAGCUGGCAAUGAUUUUAGGCACUGGAGAAAGAAAAUAGUGAAGAUGGAAAUAAUUCUGAUUCUAGCAGUUAUUCUAAUGAUAAUGAGGACGAAAGGCCGGAGAGCAAAUCUAUCACCACCUCUUGGCCUCAAAGUUACAGAUUCUGUAUUUAGCAGUGAAGCACUUGGUUUCUUGAAGCUUACUCCCUUCUUCGCAAAACCUCUAUUACCACCAGUAGCAGAUGCACGUCGGCCACCAGAAAGGCGUAGUUCACAUUCUCUGCUGCCCUCCAUUCAAGGGAGGCCUUCCUUAAGAAAAGCAACUGCUGACAAGAAAUCAUCCAAGGUCUCACAUGAGGUUUCUCUUCCUAGCCAGAGUUCAUAUGGACAAGCUGUGGUGAAUGGCAUAAAUGUUCUUUGUGGUGUUGGAAUUCUUUCAACUACUUGUGCUGUCAAAGAAGGUGGAUGGGUUGGGCUCUCAAUUCUGUUUAUCUUUGCUGUUGUUUCUUACUACACUGGGAUUCUCCUGCAUUCCUGUUUGGACAGUCAACCUGGGCUCGAGACUUACCCGGAUAUUGGCCAUGCUGCCUUUGGUAAUGUGGGACGUAUUGCUACAUCUGUUUCACUCAUGCCAGAUCCAAAAGCUAGAUCAUAUUUAUGCAGCCUCUUUGUCACUGCUGCUUUGAUUUGUUGCGUAUACUUCAUCGGAACUGCAUUCCUUGCGAAGGAUGACAUGGCGGACUUUGUUUCUCCUCUUUCCCCUCUUUCAAGAGCUGUGUUGCAGGAUUUUGGUAGCAUUUUACUAAGUGCAACAAAUAUUAGUUUCGAAGAAUUGCAAGAUCUUCAACAUUCACAUUUGGAUAAUCUGUACUGUGGUAUAUUAGAAGAGAGAUGAUGUCAAGAUGUGGUAAAAAUUUAGCAAAAGCCUUAGUUAUAUUGAUUUAACAAUUUUUAAAGAAGACAGAACCUAAUUAUUCUUUAUUGCUAUCCUUUGCUUUUUAGGUUUCUAUAACCCUCUAUAAAGCAUGCAUCAUGAUAUAUUGAUUUAUGCCUUUUAACGUGCCUUCGCAUCGCGCUACUGUAGUUAUUAUUCAAUAGAAAAUGUUAGCCAAAGGCUAUCAUUCAGGAGAAAAUAUUCACUACAGAAUCAACUGCCGUUACUCCAUUUUUUGUAUCAGUACAUAGCUGCUCUUAUAAACUAAUAAUGUAUAUUGCUUUUGCGUGUUAACCAAGGAUAUUUUCAAUCAAUACUUAACUGCUCUUAUCAACUAAUAUAUACUGCUUUUGCAUGGGAGGGAACCUUACUAACAGGUCUCAAGCUCCCACGCCUUGCGUGGGAAGCAGACCCUAGUAUUUGUAUAGAUUGGACUGUGAUUUCUAACUUCUUGCUGGUGUUGUAAUAUGUGGGCCCAAAUUAUAUGAGGUUCUUAAUGAAUUGUAAUUUUUGUCUUAAUAAUCUAAGUCUCAUUACUUGUUCUUUAUUAUUGUACUCCUCCCCUUACCUA